CCCGUGCCGUCCGCAGCGUCCUGUGCGGAGAAUGGUUUUCCUGUGUCGAAGGAAGUGCCUGUUCACUCUUUCCUCGCCUGUGACGGCAGCGUUGUGAUCUGCGACUGAGCUCGCCCUUGCCCGUGCUUGUUCAGAGCACAAUGUAGGUGGAUCGGCGGGACGCACCACUGUUCUUGCUCCCACAACUCGCUAACCAUGUGUUGUUGUUGCUGCUUCCAGAAUCCUGCUCUUGACACAGUCAGUCAUUGUAAGGUGCCGAUGCUGUAGUUGUUCCAUUCUAUUUUGCCUCUGUCUGCAGUUUUGAAGAUUUGCUUGAGUAGAGUCGCCGGGAAGAGCUGGCAUUCAGUGCGGGAAGUGAAGACGCUUUCAGCAACCUGUGCUGCACCUAGUAUGUCCUUGCUGUAAGCGUCGGACGGUGGUCUACUAGUAUCUGUUUGGGAUUGCAGAGCUGUCUCGGAGCGGCAUGCUAGCGUGUCUCGGUGCGCGGGGAACCAUCGGUCCGAUGAGGAAGAUAACGACGCACUGCUGUAGCGGGUGGCCUAGCGAGUGUUGCGCGGCGUCAUCGCCUGGACAGUUCCGAAUGGGCGACAUGGGUCGGCUGGUGUUUGCGUUACUGCUCAUGACCAUGGCUCUUGUGCCAGGUCCGACACAGGCGCUCGACCUAACUACUCGACACUAUUGCGGAGCGAACGUCGACCCAAGUAACAUUGCGUGCAACUGUCCGAAGGUGCAUUGUCAAUGCUUUUAUGAUUCCACACGCAAAGUACACGGCUCGACUGAGUAUCAGACACACUGCAGAGGCCUGAAGGACAUUCCAUCUGGCAUUUAUCCGCUCUCCACGUCUGUCAUCCUGGAGGGCGGUAUCACCAGUCUGGAGACGCUAAGCAACGCCGCAGUUAUUCAGCUACACGUGGUCUCGAUUCUGAAUAUUUCACACAACGCCAUAACGGAACUGACCGGAAACUCCUUUCGCGGAGCGUUGCCGGUUGAGCAUCUAUACCUCAGCCACAACACAAUAUCUAGGAUCGACCCGGGAGAGUUCAAGUCGCUCACAGUGCUUAUCACUCUUGACCUGUCCUAUAACCGGCUGACCUCACUGCCAAGCGGCUUGUUUUCCAACUGCAAGCAUCUGACCGUGUUAAAUCUUCAGCACAAUCAACUCAUUGCCAUACCCCGAUUUGCGUUCCCUGCACGCUCCGUCAUACAAGCACUAUCUCUUUUGGACAACAAAAUCAAUGUCAUUCCACCAAGCUUCUUCUUGGGACUCUCCAACCUUCUUAAUUUAAUUCUAUCAAGUAACCCACUGCAGGGGAGGAUUUCUCAAAUGCAACUUAAUGGACUGACCUCGCUGCAACACCUAGACCUCAGUCUAACCAACAUAACGAAGGACAGCCUGGAUAGCUAUGCGCUGCACAAGCUUACUGCCUUGCAGGAUCUUAAUCUGGAGAGCACCUCGAUGUUCACCAAGGCGGACGCACUCAUGUUCUGGUAUCCUGGAAAUAUGAUCAACUACCUUGAUUUACGCUACACCAACUUCACAAGGCUGUUGGAGAUAGGUGAUAGCACCACUCAGCCACCAACCUGUCGUCUGGAAACAUUAGACGCUAUAGGCAGUAAGAUCGCUUCACUCAAGUGGAGUCCUGGAUUUGAGCUGUGCACGCUUUGUGACAAGCUUGAAGCCAUUGACUUCUCGUUCAGUGACUUGUGGGAGAUUGACAAUCUGCAAGGGUGCACUGAGCUCACCGACCUCUUGUUGAAUCAUGCCAAGUUCACAUCCAAGUCAAUUGAAAACACCUUCUUCAACCACACGUCUGUCCGCCAUAUAGAUCUGACAAACAAUAGGAUUGAUCGGAUAAGCAACAAAGUAUUCGGAUACAUGCCUAACCUCGAAACGCUGAAACUUGACAACAAUGCCCAGCUGGCGUUUAUUGACCCGGACGCAUUCAGCGGCCUGACAGGUCUUAGAUUCCUUUCUAUGACCUAUACUCCAAGAGUAACAAGUCUUCCGCUGGGUUCGUUUAAUAUGAACUUGCGUGAGUUAUACAUCCAGGGUAACAGUGGAAUCCGCCACUUCCCACAGCUGACUGAGCUGAGUAGGUUGUUGAUUGCCAAGCUGUACUAUCCAUACCACUGCUGUCAGUACCAAGCGGCGGCAGAGAAGGAAAGGGAUAGAAAAGCGGCUAUAGCAGCUGCGGCUACAACGAGUCUAGUGUCUCCAACACCAGUGUCCACGCCGUAUUUCGAGCAGCCCACCGCAGUCAACGUGAGCGGCUUCCAUGAUGGCCGAACUGGCCUCGUCGAUAGGCAUAACGAAGAUGAAGAGCGUCGCUACAAUGAAACAUGGUUAAAGGGUAAUGUCGAGCGGAUACCCAUGUACUCGCCUGCCGCGGCGGGCGAUCCGAAGAAGGAUCUGCUGUGCAGCCCGGAAGUCACCCCGUUUACUCCGUGCAGGGACAUGUUCGCCGAGUUGUGGCUGCGCAUCAUCGCCUGGUGCGUGUCUCUGCUGGCCCUGGGCGGGAACAUCACAGUGAUCAUUGUCAUCAUCUUUGGCAAGCACAAGAUGGACAACACGCACUAUCUUGUGCUGAACCUGGCCAUGGCUGACCUGUGCAUGGGCGUCUACCUGCUCAUACUGUGCGUAGUGGACGCCAGCACGCGCGGUGAUUUCAGCGCCACCGCCCUGGACUGGAUGGCGUCGCCGCAGGCCAAGGUGGCCGGAGUGCUGGCCGUCCUCAGCACCGAGAUGAGCUUCUACACACUGACGCUGAUCACCAUCGAGCGCUACAUCACCAUCCAGCUGGCCAUGAACAAGUACAAGGUCACGCGAAAACGCCUGUACCUGCUCGUCGGCAUCGGAUGGGUGUUUGCGCUCACCCUGGCAUUGUUGCCCGUCGCAGGGAUAUCGUCCUACACUAACAACAUUCUUGCACUGCCGUUUGACAUCAGCACCGUAGUGGACAAGACCUACGUUGCGUUUGUGCUGAUCUUCAACGGCCUCUGCAUCGUGCUGAUCAGCGUUUGCUACACUGGGAUCUAUUUGAAGGUGCGCUUCUCGUCUGUUUUCAGCGAGAAAGACAACACGAUUGCACGUCGCAUGGCGCUGCUGGUGCUAGUGGAUCUAGCAUGCUGGUUACCUCUGGCUGUGCUCGGUCUGGCAGCCACAUUCACUGGUGAAGUGCUGGUGGGCUACGAGGCAGCUAAGAUCUUUGCAGUGUUCGUGUUCCCACUGAACUCCUGUGCCAACCCGUUCCUGUACGCUAUCGUCACUAACCACUUCCAACGUGAUCUGAUCCACAUUCUCAAGACGUUCCCGGAGAAGGUCGGUGAUUUGUCACGUCGACGCAGCUCGGUGGUCAAGGGCACUCCGCAGCCAUCUGACUCUAAGAGCUUGCUUCAACACAUCGCCCAGUACGUGGCACAGGAAGCUCGUAGAAAUCUGAACGGCCAGGAGGGAAGUGGAGCAUCGUACAACAACAACAACAACAGCUCCACAAUGCCGGCAUUGACUUCAACUGGCGGUCAAGUACCCAAUCCAGCAGCAGCAGGAGCAGCAGCGCAGGACAACAGGCGACGGACUGUGUUUCCAUUUGAUGCACGCCUGGCAGCGGCCUCGCAGCUAGACGCGGAGAGCAGUUCCGAAGGCAAUAGUUCACUGAUGUCACCCAUGCCUGGGAGCGGCGAGAACUGCGAGCGUCGUGGUACUAUCAUCAGCUACCAGGCCAGCCAGAUCACCGACAUCACAGAGUGCGGCGUCUGCGCGGCGCCGUCCGAGGCUGGCGACACCGCGCACACUCCGACGUCGACGAACGGCAGCGGCGGUGAUCUGGAGUCGUCGUCCUCACACCGUGUAUUGCCACCACCGGCUGUCACCACUGGUGCUGCCGUUCUGCCCGAGAUCUCGGAGCAAUCGGACAGGAGCUCCUCGUCCACGGCAGCAGCAGCAGCGGCAAUAACGAGUGUCGGCAGUAGUGCUAGUAGUGGUAGUGCCGGGCCCAAGUCACCGCCGGCUCUACCCAACCCGUCUUCAUCGCCGCCGUCGCGCAUUGUCGGCGGCCUGCUGAUGGGCGCGCUGAGUGCGUUUACACCUAUACUGGCCAGCCAUUCCAGCGCCAGGGCCGCCGCAGCAGCGAAAGCCCAAGAAGAAUCUACAGCGGAGGUGCACACAGCAACGUCAGGCACUGGUACGACUAACCUGGUUGCCACGGCAGCCGUCACUCCGGAAACUAUCGACGAAAACUCCAUGGUGACUGAGAAGGCGGACGUGGAGGCCAUGGAGAGUGAGCGGGAGAAGACUUCGGAGUGUUACAGAGCUGUGAAGCGCUCCUCUGCGGCCAGCAGUGUUAGCAUGUUCGGUUCUACUUCGGCCCAUCAACCCCAUCAAAGCUCCCCAGUUCCGACAUCGGACAAAGAGCCGUUCUGCGGGGGACUUAUCGAGACCUCACUGUAAACAGCCUGCAAAAUAAUGAUUGUAGUACGUGUUGACCUGCAGUGUGUGCAUGUAGGCGACUGUUGACUACAGACGUUUGAGACGCAUGAUGGAGGACUUGAGAGCAGCUCCUCUGCAUGUUCACUUGCGUACAUCUAGUGUAAGCAAGCAGCCUUGACGCCGUUGAAACAAACACACGUUGAUGACCGUCAUCCUAUGGUAACGCUUUAUAGUACGCUUUUUGGUUGCAAACAAUGACGACUACUGUUGUAUUCUUUUUACGAUGCUACCAUUCUGUCAUAUAUAUAUAUAUACUUCGAAGUACGCAUUUUAUGACCGAACAUGAUGGUACUCUUUGCCGUAGCAGAAUUUAGGUAUUUUACUACUUUUUUUCUUGCAACACUGGCACAAACAAAGUGCAUGAUAUGAACCGUAGUACCAAGAGUACAUAACCCCCUAGAGUGUGCAACGCCUGAUCCAGCUCUGCAUAGGGUCUUGGUCGAGCGGAAUCGGAUCUUUGCGUCAUAAUACCGUACACAUCUGAGGGGAACCCGGGGAGUCGCGGGUACUCUCGGAUUAAAAACAACGGUGCCCUGCCUUGCGCUGGUGUACAUGGAGUGUACGCAUGACAUCAGAAGGUCCGAUUCCGCUCGACCAAGACCCUAUGCAGAGCUGGAUCGGGUUAUGUACUCUUGGUAGUACUAGUACCAGGGAGCCCUAUUUAUGUGUAGGGCUCCGUGACUGGUUGCUACAUUGCACGUUGGGGAUAUCAUCUGAUAGUCUGGAAUCCUGGUGGGCCAUUUUUGAUUCUCAGUUAAUAUUCUAGCUGUAUAUUCUCAUACUGUUUAUUAUUAGCCAAUUACAAAAACAUAUCCUUUUAUCCUAUCUUACAUUACAACGCCUCUCCAUUCUGUUUCACAACCCAGAAAGUCCAGGCAUGAGUUUGAUGCAUUGCACUAUUAUUAUCUUACAUCAGACAGUGCAUAUUGAA